AUGCAACCGCAUUACUCCCGCCCGUGGACUAACCAGAAUCCCCAAGGCGCUCAUUAUGAACUGCCUCCGGUGCACUCGGUUACGUCUUCGGCGCCCUUUCAGCCACCCCUACAGCCGGGCGCUUUUCUCUCUACUCCAUCGUCAAGGCCCAGUACUGGGAUGCCCAUGUCUCACAUCCUACAACCACCUCCCGCUGCGGCACCUGCGGCAACGUACGCUCCUUAUGACUCGAGUGUUUCCCCCUCGGAGGGGGGUGCGUCUCUCCCGGAUGCACCGACUAAUGGCUCUGGACUAGGCGGGGGGUUCUUGCGCCACGGUGGCUUGGGACAGCACCAGCAGCCAUUACAGCAGAAGAGGGCGUACCGGCAACGGAGGAAGGACCCCAGCUGCGAUGCGUGCCGCGAGCGCAAGGUCAAGUGCGAUGCCUCCGAGUCUACUAGUUGUACGGAAUGCACCAACCGCAAGGUUCGAUGUCAGUUCACUAAGGAGACCAACAGACGCAUGUCGUCUAUCAAACAAGUCCAGGAUCUAGAGAAACAGCUUUGGUCGACCAGGCAACAACUCCAGCAACUACGAUCCGGAAUGAGGUCGGAUAACCUGAUGGAUCUCGACAGUGAUGGAACAGGGCAACUUCAACUGAACUUACCCGAUAUAGGUUAUCGACCGCCGCGUCGGCCAAGGGUUCCCAUUUCACAAGAUCUUUCUCAUGCAAGAGCGAAUCUACGUCGCUAUGGACGGGGUAUUUGGAAAGCACCGACGCCUUACCGCCAGUCGGAUUCGAAAUCGCUGUUAACCACAGACCCUCCUUCCCUUCCGGCGCAAGACGUUGCCCACCAUCUUCUUGUGCAAUACCAUGCCAAUAUCCACGCUUCGCUCCCGGUUAUCCAUUGGCCGAAGUUCCUGGAAGAAUACGAGGAUGUUUACCGCCGAGGGACGCUACUAGGAGUUACUCGCGAAUGGGCAGCUGUAUUAUUUGGGGUAUUUGCCUGUGGUUCCUUGCAUACCUCGGACCCGGGCCGUGAAGAAAGAGGCAAAGAUUUUGUGAGGACGUCUUGCGGUGUGAUCGAUGUUUGGCAGGACAAUUUCACAUUGGAUCAGGCGCGGGCCGCCCUGCUUGCUAGCAUAUUUCUUUACGAGGUCAACUCGAAAUCGGCUAGCUGGGUGUGGAAUGGUUCCGCCGUAAAAGUUGCUCAGGAGAUUGGAUUGCACCUCGAGUCAGGUCCGUGGCCAGUGCUCGAAGGCGAAAUGCGCAAACGCGUGUGGUGGGGAAUGUAUACGUGGGAUAGGAUCAUGGCCUUGGAAAUGGGCAAACCUGUUCUAAUAAAUGAUCAAGACUGCGACAUUGGUCUUCCCAGCCUCAUUGAUGAGCACUCCAUCUCGGAAGCCGGUGGCACACCUGAAAGCCAAGAUACCACACCGUUAUUGGCGACCAUACAUGUUGUGCGGUCAAUUGGCCAGUUGACUCGUAUUCUGAGAAGUACAGCAAUCGGUUCGGCCAGCCUCGAGACCUUUGAACGACAUUUCAACGCCUGCUUAGCCAUCUUCCCCGACCAAUACCAGCCUAACUCCGACCAGUACAUUGAACCCCGAUCUCUAACUCCAAUUAUCUACUUCCAAAACGCGCGCCUUAUGCUUCAUCGCCACAAUAUAUCUCCAUUCUGCCCCCCUGAGGUCAGGUCUUCCGCGCUUGAUUAUUGUGUCUCCGUAUCCCAGGAUACCGCGCGCCUGCUGUCGCGAUGCAUGCGACCCUCACCAGUCACAGGAAAUAUGGAUUGGCGCUCCCUACUUGCGGUGUCCGGCUCAGCAGUGUUGUGCUCCCACCUCUGGCGCUGUACGCUCCUACUACUCUUCCGUCAAGAAUACGACGCGGCUAUGGUGUGCGUCCAGGCUAGCUCUGCGAUGAGGGAUUCGCGCGCCAUCAAUGCGCCAUGCGGCCGGAAUAUUUCUUUUUUCCUGACGUCCCUGCUAGAACGACUUCAACGCAAUGAAUUUAUGGAUCUUGAUGGGGAUGAGGAAAUGAUGGCUUAUGUCUCGGGAGAUAUGCAAGGGACUAGCCAUGGAAGCUGGGUGUGGGAGGGCAGUGAGACCGAGGCUCAAUUAGAGUUGGCUUCUCCCUCAAGCAACCCAGCUCAUCCUGGUGCGAGGGAUAGCAGGCCACCGGAGGAACCAAAUGACUGGGAAGGCUGGGAUUGGAUUGAACAGACAGUCCAAUAUCUUCUUGUGGAAAAAGAACAGCGGCAGCAAAAAGAAGCCCAAAACCUCCAGCCGCCGACAGAACCGUCAUAUCACGGCAGCGAAUCCACGACUGGGAGCCCCGACUCGGUUCCUCCCCAGCCGAGUACAUCACACUCGCGCAUGACAAUAGCAAGCAUUAUAUGA